GCUAGCAGGAAAGACGCCCAUAAAGAGAAGAAGAGAACACAUGGAUGGAUGGAUAUUUCUUUGUCCAUCUUGGACUAUGAACUAUGGAUGAGCCUGCUGUGUUUCAGCAGACGUACGACGAUGCUUUUAGUAGUGAUAACGAUGACGGUACACACGGUCAUCAACGCCCAACAGGUCAAUAGCGAGAGCAGAACAGAGCUGGGAGGGACUGCUGUUUUCCCGUGCAAACUAAACGGAAACAAAGAGAAUCUCAUCCAGAUCUCCUGGCAGAGAGAGACUAAGAAACAACCUCACACAGUCAACUUCUAUACAAUCUCUGAAGAACAUGGACCAAGUUUUGUCAAUGGUAAAGAUGAGCGCUUUGGGUUUAUCGGGAAUUUCAAAGAGAAAAAUGGGACUCUACAGUUGUCUAAUGUUACACUGGACGACGAAGGUACCUACAAAUGUAUCUUCACCUUGUUCCCCAGUGGGUACGUGGAGAUGCAGACAUCCCUGAAAGUGAUUGUGCCUCCCGUCACAAACCUGAUGGGUUUUAAUCAGUCUUUGGGUAGUGAGGAAGUUGCUCUUGCUACCUGCACAGCUGCUGGCUCCAAACCUCCUUCAGAGGUGAGGUGGCUGACUGCUUCUCUGGGUGAGAAAGUGAGGGUGACUACUGACUCCACCCCUCAUGACAACGGUACGACAACCACAGUCAGCUCGCUGUUUGGAGUGCCUUCCAGGGCUAUCAGCCAUCAUUCAGUCCAGUGUGUCAUCACCGGUCCUGCUUUGACAAGAGGAAAGACCUUGUCCUUCACCAUUCAGAUCCACUAUCCUCCUCUGGAAGUGAUUGUCAGUGAAAGUUCUGCAGAGUCAUUUCAAUGUCUGGCUGAAGCUUAUCCAUAUGCGAGCUAUUCUUGGACCAGAGCUGACGGGUCGUGGCCUGAGUCUAAAGUCAGAGUAGACAAUACAACUCUGCAGUUCCUGAGCACUACUUCGAAGCUGAACGGCCUCUACAUUUGUUUGGCCUCCAACUCUUACGGAAGUAAACGUGGAUACCUCUAUGUGCAUUUUCCAGGAUCCCGCAUACCCUGGGGCAUCAUGUUUUGCAUUUUGCUGAUUGUAAUUGUUACUGCUGCCGUGGUUUACUUACAUAGAUCUGGGAAACUGUCAAGUUUUAUACAGGGGAGAGAAGAAGGAACACGUAGUGAGAUGCAAAGAGUUCGAACAACCUCCAGUUCACCAGAUGAAAAUCAGAGAGUAGAUGAAGGAGUAGAAGAAGAAGAAGGAGGAGGAGAAGAAGGAAGACAAGAAGGAAGAGGAGAAGAAGGAAGACAAGAAGGAAGAGGAGAAGAAGGAAGACAAGAAGGAAGAGGAGAAGAAGGAAGACAAGAAGGAAGAGGAGAAGAAGCGGAUACACCUGCAUAGGGGGGUAAAAUAAACACAUUCUGAACUGGUUGCCUGCAACAAAAAAAGGUCUACAAUAAAAUUGGGACAGGAGGAUGUUAAUUACUGUGUUCCAUCACCUUUUCUCUUUUAACGACACUCUGCAAGUGUCUGGGGACUGAAGACGCUAAUUUUCAAAGUACUGAAAGCAGAUUUUUUCCCCCUUUCUUGCUUUAAAAACAUCUUAACUUGCUCUGAAGUGUGUUUUGCAUUUCAUAAUGUACCAUAUAUUGUCAAUAGGAGACAGGUCUGAACUGCAUGCAGACUAUUGUUGUACUAGGGAUGGGCAUUUGGAAGAAACCUGCCAACUUGAGCAUCUAUAAUGUUAAUGAUCAAUUAAUUUAUUAAUCGUUACGUAUGUAUAAAAACAUACAUACAUGAACAUAUAUAUAACAUUUCCCUGUGUAACAAAAACAGGUAACUAUAGAGUGUGUUUCUCAAUGAUUUAUUUAUUUUCACCCUUCUGAAAGCCUAGGGCUCUUAAACAUAAACAAGGCAUGGUCUAUUGUAUUACCUAUUGUGGGGAUGCGCAAAAAAAUAUGCAAGCAUUGCGAAAAACUAUUCAAACCCCAAAACAACCACAACAAACAAUAAACUUAAUUGGCUGCCAUUUUUUCCACAAAAGGAGUUAGAAGGAAUCCAAAGUCAAUAGCCCAUCAUAUAACAGAGAGCGGGCCUCAUUAACAAAAACAACAAACAAACAAAAACAAAACCCACUCACAGUGUCAUGACUGUAGAUAUUGUUGUGCAGUGCAGAGUAAGAUGUGUUUAGUCACUUUAUUAAAUGCCAACAUCAGAUCUACUAAAUUUCCCAUGAUCGACCAAAUUCUUAACGACCAAUUCAUCGAUCAUCGAUUAAUUGUUCCCAUCCCUAUGUUGUAGCCUACACUCUUUAACUGUAAAGCCAUGUUUUUGUAACUUGUUCAGAAUGUGUUUAGGGGUUGUCUUGCUGAGAUAAGCAGGGAUGUCCUUGAAGAAGACAUUCUCUGGAUGGAAACAUAUCUUGCCCUGAAGCCUGCUAGUCACUCUCAGAUGUGCAAGUGACCCAUGCCAUGGGCACUAGUACACCCAUCACAGAUUCUGGCUUUUCAACUUUGCACAGGUAACAAUUUGAUUUCUUUCCCCCUCUUUAGCCAGGAGACCGUAUUUUUUAAAAUCAAUUUGAAGCAUAGACUCGUCAGACAAUAGCAUACUUUUCCACUUAAAGACAAACCACCUCAGAUGAGCUCAGCUCAGAUAAGUCGGCAUUGCUUCUGGAUGUUGUUGAUUUAUGGCUCUUGUCGGUUUUCUGAAGUAUUCCUGAACCUAUGUUGUAAUGUCAAUCCCAGAGUCAUGUUGUUACAAUACAGUGCUGUCUGAGAGGUCAAAGGCCAUGAGCAUUCAGCAUAGGUUUUUGGCCUUUUGAUGAUAUUAUGGACUGUAGAUGGGGAAAUCUAUAAACUCUCUAGUGUUGCAUGCUGAGAAACUAUUCAUUCUGCUGCUAAACCGCAUCGAUCAGAAAGCUCCAAACAGGAAGUCACAAACGUAGAAUAUCUGAUUCUUUCAAAAUACAACACAAUUCACAGACUCCUGAUCGUAAAUUACCACUAUAUCAACAUUACGUUUCAUCCUGCAGAGAGAGCAAAGGGUCAAUGAGAGGUCAGUGGGUCACAGCACUACAACAGCGCAAUUGACGAGGACAGUUGGCUAUAUAAUUUUACGUAAAACCACAGAUCCUUUAAGCAAACAUUAACCUUUUAACUUCCCAAUGUACUCACCCAAUGACGGAAGCAAUAAUAUCAUGGACUCAUGUUGGAAUGGAUGAUAAAUUAACCCAAAAAGUAAAAUAGUCUGCUGUUGAUAUACUAUUCCUGUGUGAACAUUCAGUUCUCCUGUGAUCUCUGCCUGCUGAUCAAGGCUGCAUGCCGCAGCACAGUGCUCUAUAUCCGCUUCUAGUGGGCGAGGAAACCUGCAGCGCUUCGGUGCACGGUGCAGUCGUCAUGUAGAAAUUGCAGGUAAGUUUCAGGCAGCCUGCUCUACCUGCUGAGCUAAGUUGGUUUCCUGUAACAAUCUCUUUAUGAUUUUCUCCAGUCAUCAAAUUCAGUAUAUGCUUAUUUCAAAAUGUAAAGCCAUGAUGUUUGUUAGCUUGAACAUUAGAAACCUUGACUUUAUUCUGUAUUCAGUUGGAAAUAGAUUGAAAAUUAUUUGAAAUCACUGUUUUACAAUUUAUCACAUUUUAUACAACAUUGCAAAUUUGGGGAGUUUGGGUUUGUAAAAUUUUUUUUUUUGUUUGUUUGUUUGCUUUUCUUGUUUUACGUGUUUAUUAUGGUUGUUUUUUAUGUUAUCCUGGAGAACUGAAAAUGCAGCAAGCUUUAAUCAAAUGUUUUUAUAUUAUCAGGUAUCUCUUAGACAUCAGUUGAAGGACAAACUGGAUCAGAGUUGGACAUCAGGCGAUUUGCAGCUUGUCAAUGCCGCUUUAGUCCCAGACUCAGCUGGCUAGUGAAAAUAUGCAGAAAUCCCAGUGCUUUAAGUCUGUUUGUGGAACACUUGUUUAAAGAUGUUUUCUUUGUAGAGAUUUGGUAUAACUCUGUGAAAAAGCAUUAAUAGAAAAAUGUCAAUCUGUCAAUCAUGCCAAAACAGAAAUGGCAGUUACAAAUUGUAAGUAGGGGCUAGAGGAGUAGGUUGGAAAAAGGAAGAAAAAGUCUACAGAGAAAGGAAACCGUUUAACUGACUCCCCACACAAUGCAACUGUUAAACCUGUGGUUUUAUGGCUUUAUCUGAUAUACCGUGCCUUAGCUGCCACCCUACUGUGGUUCUCUACUGUAUUUUGCCACUAACAAUGAAAAAUGCUGAUUACAGCAGAGGAUUAUGACACAUGUUUGCAUGUCCACAAACCAUGUUUGAAUUAAGCUGAUGGGGAAACACUUUUACAUGCUGGGUAGUAAUUUUGGUGCAUUUGAAAUAAUUACAUCCCCACCAUUCACUGGGCUAAUUCUUUAUAUCAGGAAGUUUGCAAGAUACUACUUCCUGAUUCACUUAAUCCUUCCUUCCUUUUUUUUUUUUUUUUGUGUGUUUUUGUCAA